UAAGUAAAGAGCUGCUGAUAACUUCAUCUUCUGUACUGACGACCUAUUUACAAAUUAAUGUCUUAUUGUCUGAGUAAGUAUUGAGUAGGUAUUUUGUAGAAGUAGUAGGUCAAAGUAAUUAUUAUUUUUCUUGUUGAAUUAUAUUUUUAUCACCGGCCAAGUAGCAGAUUAUGCAGACUAUGAAUGGGAUUAGGAAUCAAUGUCUGUUUAAUAGUUUGUAGGCCCCUGCUGCUUCCAAAGGUUAUGUCUUGAUGAAGGAACAUUCAGAACACUGAGCAGAUUCUUUAGCUUCAUCUCUUUUAAAUAAUGUGGAUUUAAGUCUCCACAUUGCCUGCUCCAGAAUCAUUACCUGCCUUGUACAGUAUUAUCCUGCAACCUGACUUGUGAAGUGUAACUUGGGAGUUCGCGCCCUUAAGGCCACAUUAAUAUUCAUCUAAGGCCUGUGUUUAAUGGGAUUAAGUCUCUGGGCUGAUAGACUGGCAGCGCAGCUCCAUUCCUCUUCCACGCAUACCAAGCAGACAAAACUCUUCAGAUGGAGUUGGCAUAGAAAUUUAAAUUCAAAAGCGGGGCCAGAUUUACAUAAAGACAACUCAGCAUGGGAAAAAUGUUUAAAUCGCUGCAGCUGGUUUAGGUUCCCAUCAGUAAUCUUCACAACGUGCUCCUCAAACCAAAAAGACCCUCCCAUUCAACGGGUCUAAAGAAAUUCUAAUGGCCAAACAGUAGUUAUUGAGUAAAAAGUUGGGGCUUUUGCAUAAAAAUACUUUUUAUUGUUGAUAAAGUGUGUAUGUGUGUGCUUACAGUGCCACCCAGACUCCUCGUAAGGCGCGUCAGCAUUACCCCGGUGAACUGAUGGACGUCUACUGCUCACAAUGCAGCAAAAAGGUCAACCAGCUGAAUGACCUGGAGGCUCGCCUUAAAAACCUAAAGGCCAACAGCCCCAACAGGAAAAUCUCCAGCACUGCUUUUGGAAGGCAGCUGCUCCACAACAGCAACCUAAGCAGCAGCAAUGGGAGCACAGAGGAUCUUUUCAGGGACAGCAUCGACUCCUGUGAUAUCGACAUCAAUGAGAAGGUGGGUUCUCUGGAGAAGAAGGUGGCAGAACUGGAGAAUGAAAUCCUAAUGAAUGGUGAGGUCAAGUCCAGGUUGAAGCAGGAGAACACGCAACUGGUACACAGGGUUCAUGAGCUGGAGGAGCAGCUGAAAGACCAGGAGACACGAGCAGAGCAAAAUGCGCAGGAGGGGCUGAGACGGCACCGAGAGGCCUACAGCAAGAUGGAGAGAGACAAGAACACGCAGAUAGAACUGCUGACUAAUCGAGUCAAACAGCUGGAGGAUGAGAACGGCGAGAUGUCCAUGAACAUGUGCCGACUCAGGUCCCAAACAGAAAAACUGGAUGAGGAGAAGCAAAGGAUGACGGACAAGUUGGAAGACACCAGCCUGCGCCUGAAAGAUGAGAUGGACCUCUACAGGAAAAUGAUGGACAAACUGAAACAGAACCGACAGCAGUUUCAGAAAGAGAAGGAAGCCAUGCAAGAGCUCAUUGAGGACCUGCGUCGAGAGCUGGAGCAUUUACAGCUGUACAAGCUGGAGGCAGAGAAGCCGACGCGAGGCCGCAGCUCCUCCUCAAGCCUUUCAGAUUUUAACAGCCGGACCAGAGAAGUGGAGCUGGAGCACGAAGUCAAACGUCUCAAGCAGCAAUUUGUGUCCCAGGACUUUCUUCCCCCUGAAUUCCAGCACCUGGUGUUGUCUGGGGCUCGGCUCUGUCCUGGUCUGAUGGAGAACCAGAAGCUGAAAGAGCAGAACGAUGACCUGAACGGUCAGAUCCUCAGCCUCAGCCUCUAUGAAGCCAAGAACCUGUUUGCCACACAGACCAAGGCGCAAUCGCUGGCUGCUGAAAUAGAGAACGCCUCCAGAGACCAGUUAAUGGAAGCCCUGAAGGAGCAGGAGGAGAUUAACAUACGUCUGCGGCAGUACAUGGACAAAAUAAUCCUGUCCAUCCUGGACCAUAACCCGUCCAUCCUGGAGAUCAAAAACUAGCAGCGACUCUCCUGGAGUGAGAAUUGUUCUGGAACAAGGAUCAUUCCAGCUGUUCAGAACCUGCAACUCAGGGGAGGCAAACAGAGCCAGUUUUGGAAACUGGGACUUAUAAAUGAACUUGCAUCGCCCCCUGCUGUUUCUUUGCAGGACAGGAUAUUCUCUUGCAGUGAAGAAAGUCAAAGAUGUUUUGACUGCCAGUAAUUCGCUCUCUGACUUUACAUUACACUCGUGUGACUCUACAGUCUGAUCCAGUUUUAUUUUAUUCUCUGCCUGUAAUGUGAACUGUACCCACUAGCGAUUUUGAUCUCAUUGGACAAAAGUGUUGACUUAUAGAGAUACCCUGCACUUGGACAAAGUCAUUUGGUGUGCUACACUGGAUGUAUAGUACAUAAAAACUGGAACAAAAUAACAAAAAUAACGUGGUUUCUACUGGAUGCUGAUGUAGUAGUAGCUGUAUUAUCUUUAGACAGACAGUUGGGUAAAUUGUAGCGAGGUAUAUUAGAAAAUACAGAGUUUAUACUAGUUUGCCAGCAGACAGUGAAGCUUUGUGAGACAGGCCUGAAGGCGGAUCAGCUGUAAACUCCACCAUCACGUUUGUAGUCCCUACAUGCGUGUGAUGAUGCGAUUUGUUACAAGCACGUGCUUAAAGAUGACUGGAGAUGAGGCACGAGUGGUUAGAGAAGGCGGAAGGAUUAAACAGGCUGAAAACAAUGAAUCCCAGUACGUGUCUAACGACGGACCAGUGUGUGCUUUGAGAGGAGGCGUGUCGUGACGUUGUUGUGGGUCAAAUGAAGGUAAUUGUGCGUUACAUUGAGAACAUGUCUUCCAGGAACCUUGCAAAUGCACUCGCAGUCUCAAUCAGUCCACUAGUGAAGACGCCUUCACUGAGAAGUGGCCCUUAAUUGGCUCAGAUGAGAAGCAGACACAUGCUGCGACCAAGGAGUGUCUUUCAACUGUACCUUCCGCUGCUGCUGAACGCAAACAGAGGAGGAGAGCGAGGAGCCUUUGCUGCUUGCAGUAAAGCCAAUAGUGUUGCACAGAACUAUAUUGACAUGAAUGUACAGGGUGGAUUUACACGGAGCGACUGGUGGCUCUGAUUGGAUGUGAGCGUGCACAGAAGUCUCACUUUCUGAUACAAAAGCCAGGAUCAGCUGAACCACACAGGUCAGUUUAGACCCGACUCUCAGUUUUCUAAUGGAACACUGUAAAUAACAUGAAUGUGCAACUCGUUUCACUUCGUUUGGCCAAAACGGCGUCUUCAGUUUAAGUCUCUGCAACCGAUUCAGACAUGUUGCAACACAUGUUCUGUACAAUGUCCUGUACUGUAUCGAGGGGAUGGUCGCUUUGACGGAGGCAAAGAUUCAGAUCUGAUGUAUUAUGUAAACUUGAGUUUUGCUUCCUUGCACAAAAAGGACUUGUUCUGCAUGGUUCUCAUCUACAGCCCUUCUGUAUGUGCCUUUUGAAGACGUUCUUCAAGAUGAUGCUAUAGAUUCACAGUUUCUGAAGGUACCUUCUACGUGUAAAUGUCCGCGUCUGACAUUUUCUUGACUUGUAUUUAGUGCUAAUUUGUAUUAAUGUGCCAUUCACCACUCUUUUUCAGAUUAAUACUGAGAACUAUUUUAUACAGUUUUAUCAAGGAACUACUGCUGAUUACUAAGUUGUCCUAUUAGAAAAAAAUUAUAUAGCACAAACCUUUGUAUGGUACUCAAGCCAGAUUAGCAUUUUGAGAAUAUUUUGUCAAGAUAAUUUUUUUUUUAAUUUGCACUUCUAAUUAUUUUCUUUGUCAAACUAAGUCCGUUGCUUUUCAGUUUGCUUCAAACUGGCGUUUCCUAUGGUUGUGAACUGUCUUCCUGACUUAAUGUAAAGUUGAGCAUUAUAAGCAAUAUUAACUUAUUUACCUGCUGAUUUGUGUCCCGUUUCGCUUCACAAAUCUAGUUGCGAAUAUAGCAACGUGUGCCAUUUUAGGUAAAAGAAAUAAACUACAUUGAGCUGUCAAACUUGUCAAAACUCGUUUCUUAUAGUUUAACUUUCUCUCACUGUAAAGGGCAAUGAAUGGCUUUGGCAGUGCUCCUUUCCUUCAGUUUUAUCUACAAUGUGUGCAUUCUAUCAGAUACAUUUUUAACACACUAAUUUAAUUUAAUAAUUAAAUAGUUUAAAUAUUACUGGCUCCAUUUUUUAGUGCCUUACUGUGAACUACAUACGGUGUUGUAAAUAAAUAUAAAUAAAUAAUCAAACAUCUGACCACAAUAACCACUUAAAAUAACAACGCUCAUCUGAAUUCUCAAUCACGUGUCUCUUUGUUUCCGCCUUUCCCAAACUCGGCCUAAAUGGUUAAGGCGGCAUUUUUGACCAGAACCUAUUAAUUAAAGAUUGAGAUUCGGUGUCUGUUGUUUGGACGACGUCUUGCUACGGCACAAAACCUAAGACAUUAAAGUGACCAAAACGUUCGUAGUACACGGACUAAAUCGCGCGUUUUGCAAAACCGGAUGUCAAACCCUAAACACACCUGAGCGUCGUCCUCGCGCCGCCGGACGGAGAGUCGCGCGACAGGUCGAAUUGUUGCUACAGGUGAAACGAUGCACCAGGAUCAAGGGAACUACGGCAGGAGACGACGGACGCGUCGCCUCGGCUCUAAACCAGGCGGUCACGUGACCGGUGCAGGCUCGGUUAAUGGUCCGGUUGCUCCCAACGGCUACACCAAAACCAGUGGGACGACCCCAGCUGCGGCACUGAACGGAACCAAAGUGCAGGUCAUCGUAAAUGGUUGCAUUAAAGUUGGGUCCGAGGGCACGAGCGCUGAAACAUCUAGGACUUUAGCAGCUGGGAGGGAGAAUGAUGGAGGAGGUCCGGUUCGAGGCUCAGUCCGCCGGGGUUCUGAUCCAGCUGCCCGCGCUAGGGCCCGUAAUUCUGAGCGAGUGACACCAGAGAAAUCAGCAACGCAGAAGAAGAGAAAAAGAAAGAAAGUCCAUCAGAUCAAGAGAGACACAGAAGUUAACUGCCCGGAUAAGCGUGAACUCCCGCUGUUGCCGCCACAAGAGGAGGAAAAUUGGGAAAAUGAGAUCCAAGAUGUGUCUUUCAUGAAUGAAACCUAUGGUCCAGAGGAUGUGCUCCACUUUAAACUGCAGGAUCUGACCCUCCAGCACCGGGUCACGUGUGACCUGCCAGCAGCCGCCCGUUACAGCCCGGCAGCGCACCACCCUCAGCCCGUGCGCUGGUCCCGCCACAGGACUCCCACCGAGCCCGACCAGUUUGCAGACGCAGAAGAGUAAGCAAACACGGGCUGGCGUUGGCCAUAAUGUGUCACCAGCUGCUUAUUAGGCCCUUUUAAUAGCUGGAGUUUUAGGUUGCAAUUAGGUUAUCUCAGCUGAUUAAUUCUUCAUAGUCAGAUUUUUAUAUUAAAAUAUUAAUUGUUAUUACUUUAUUGCUCUUAAAAGUUAUUUUAGUUACCUACCACACUUUGCUGUUUUGCCACUUUAGUGACAAUAAAAUCCCCUUUUCUUCUGA